CGCUUCCGAUCCAUGGAGGGGGCGGAGAGAGGGGGGAACUUCGAGAGGAACACCAAGUCUAGGCUGGAAACCCAUCUGAGGGCCACAACGGAGGCAGCCGGCCUGUUCACCGACGACCUCAUCCUGGAAAUUCUCUCCUGCCUGCCCGCCAGAUCCCUCCACCGCUUCAAGUGCGUCUCCGUGUCCUGGCGAGAUCUCAUCGCCGACCCCUCCAACCGCAAGAAGCUCCGCCAGACCCUCGCCGGCUUCCUCUACUUCACCAGCGACGACAGCGGGGAUCGCCACCACUUCGCCAGCGUCUCCGGCGGCGCAGCCCCGUUCGACCCUUCCCUCCCUUGCCUGCAACCUACCAAGUACAAGUACAUGGCCCAGGUGGACGCCUGCAAUGGCCUCCUUCUCUACCGCGGCAGCAACAAGAAGAUGAUGGCCUAUUGGAAUUGGAAUUGGGCAGAGGAUGAUUUCCAUUUUGUUGUGUGCAAUCCCGUCACUGGGAGGUGGGUGGAGCUGCCCCCUUCACCGCAGGCGCCGGAAAACCGAUUUAGCUGUACCGCAGGUCUGGCUUUUGAUCCUGCGGUCUCGUCCAAUUUCUACAUUCUUCACUCCGAGCAGAUUUUUGUGGGAUGUUACAUCACAGGAGUGAACAUCUACUCGUCGCGGACAGGAUCCUGGACUCGCAGGGAUAGUGGGAUGGUUGAGAAAGUGUCGCUCUGCUUCUUUAGUAAGUAUGUCUUUGUUUGCGGUAUAAUGUACACGGUUGGCAGCCUGAAGCACAAGCAUGAGUAUGUGCUGCUGGGGGUGGACAUGGAGGGGAAAGUGUGGAAGACUAUCCGCGUGCCUAACGGUCCAAGAAUUGGUGCAAUUGGAUUGUCGCAGGGGUGCUUACACUAUUCUGUAGAUUCCGUGGUUCCCAUCGAUGAUAACAAUGAAUGCCUAGAUUCUGAGAUAACACUCUGGUACCUCAAGGAUCAUGACAGUAAAGAAUUAGUGCUGAAGCAUACCGCCAACACCGAUAAGCUUAUGAGCAUGACUGGGAAGAAGUACAGAGUGGUUGAGAUUCAUCCGCAUUGCGACACCAUUUUCCUUGUUUCAUGUGGAGGUGAUACCUUGGUGGAGUAUGAUAUGCAGCAUCAGAAAGUUGGAUGUAUCCUUAAGCUUGAGAAAGAUAGCAUACAAAAAUUUCUACCCUAUGUUUGUGCAGCAUCAGAUGCGCCGACGUCUCUGAUCUGA